AUGAACAAGCAAUCGAGCGGAAACUUGGCAGUCAACACAAUCAUCGUGAUUGUAUGCUGUGUGGCAGCAAUAGUAACUGCUGCGGUGUUUGCCACUUAUAGAUUCUUCAAAUUUUACAUGUUGUUGGCCGAUAUUCCCAAGAAGUAUGUACCGAUCCAUCUCUCCGACUUCACCGACAAAGCAUAUUAUGAAUAUAUUGCGGAAAAUACCAAAAAGUGCCAAAUGAUUUAUCAUGAAUCAAAUAAACCUAAGCAGCCCAUCGAACACGACGGGCUAUCUAACCCCAUCAAGGAAGAGUCGAUCAUCCCAAGCUCCCUAGUGUACGAAGACGUGGUGCGAAGUGUUGGGGACAGGGCCAGAAUGAUCAAUGAGGUGAAAUUCGGACUGCUCUCGUUCAGGGAACUUAUUACCAUCCACGGAAAUGAUGGAGCUAAAGUUGUUAAGAUCUACGAGAAACUCCGGUUCAGCAAUAAGGCUAUCAGUCAGGAGGAAUUUGUGGAACUUCUCGUGGAAUUUGUGAAAUUGUACAGAUAA